UGGACAGGGUCGAUCACCACCGACCAGGUAGCUCAAUUGGUAGACAUCCAGCUAGUGUUCGGAGGUCCCAGGUUCAAACCCCGGUCUAGUCGUACAUUUUCCCACUCCUACUGCACUUGGACUCGAACUUAACUUUAGGAGUGUCGGCUGAGUAAAAGCAUUUAAAACUACAACUGAAGACGACAAUUGCCUGGGAAAGACGUAAUGUAGCCGAACUGGACCUGGUCGAUCAUCGGCGACCAGAUCAUGGAGGAUACACGACUUAAAGAGAUUGCAAAACAUUUGGUCACUGACGUCAUCCAGAAAGCCACGGAAUACGUCAGGACAGAAAGGAAAGAAAUGGCAGAAAUGACCGGCCAGCUGGACAAGGGUGUGGACGACAUAGUUCAACUGACCAUCGGACAGUCCAUCACAGCCAUCCGUAGUGGUCAAACAUCCCCGACUGACCGAAAGAUGGCGGAAAUGAGUGGUCAAUUGGAUAAGGAUGUGGAUGAUAUUGUAGGUAGAACCAUUGGGAGAUCAAUCACAGCCAUCCGCAGUGGUCAAACAUCCCCGACUGACCAAAAGAUGGCGGAAAUAAGUGGUCAACUGGAUAAGGAUCUGGACAAUAUUGUGGACGUGACCAUUGGGCGAUCCAUCGCGGCCAUUCGUGAAGGGGAGAUGUCCCCAACUGACCACAAGCUGGUAUACAGUGAGAUACUGGAAAAGACAAGACAGUCUGGAACCGGAAAUGACGCAGGAUUACAAACGGCGAAAACCUACCCAGCUGACAGAGAUCAUAAAACCGAGGUUCCGUCGAUCGUCACUCGGAAUAAAGCUGCAGACAAAGUGAAGAAAACAUUUUUCGAACGUCACCUUGACAGACUUCUCGGGAGAGAAAAGAAAACUGAAAAGAAGAUGAAAACAGCAGAACUUUGCGACAGUACCCCCAGUGGAGGAAGUAGGAAACGUCCAUCAAAGGCCCAUAACAAAAAGGAUUGGAUCCUUAAAAACAUCUUGUGCUGUUUUGUCCGCCAGACGGCGACAGUGGAGCCCAUUGAUGACUAGAUAGAUGAUGUGUGUGACGACAAGGAAGUUUACUUAGGAACUAACAUAUAUUAACCUGUCUGUAUUCGCAAAACGUCAAAGUAGACUGCUAGUGAUUUACUAUAUAUCCGGAAAAACAGUGUACCAAGCUCACAGCAAAACGUCACAAAGUGUAUAUCAGAGAAGCUACGAGAAAACAUUGCUUUAAGAAAGAGACCAUAUUCUAUUGAGAGCGUAUAUUUCAUAAAACAAACAUGUUUUUAUGUAAACAAUCGUUUUGAUUAUAUAUAUUUUUUACUAGGAAUAAAAUGUAAAAACUAA